UUCAAUAUAACCUAUCUUAUGUGACAGAUUUCAAAUUUGUAGGAAAUCGAUGUAAAUAUUGUAAAGAAGAAUAAGAAAACUCUGUAUUAAACUUAAAACUUUUUUCAUAAAUCAAAAUCGGCAUGAAAGGAGCAGAUACUCUCAUAUCAGUCCGAUUUUUAACCCUACUGGGCCACUUUUCUAUCCUUGUUACUCUGUUAUGGGAGAACAACGAGAGUCUUCAUCAUUGUUUACCAAUUCCAAGCCAAUAUCCAAUGGCGAACGUUCAGACACAUCGACACUGGUUGCCAAUGAACAACAACAUUUGACUCAAACUCACGAAUUCAAACCAGGAUGGUCGUUCUAUUUGGUGCUAGCUGGGGUGACCACCACCUUCGGUUCCUCUUUGCCUGUGGGAUUCAACAUAGGAGUUGUAAAUUCGCCAGCUGGAAUUAUAAAGACCUUUUGCAACGAAAGUUUUGUAAGUCGCUACGACCUGCCUUUAAAUAAGACAUGGCUCAAUGUUCUCUGGUCUUCCAUUGUGUCAAUAUUCAUAGUGGGUGGGUGUACUGGCUCUAUACUCGGUUCCUUUUUUGCUGACAAGUUCGGAAGGAAACAAGCAACGAUAAUAACGAAUCUCUUGUCGAUUGCGGGAGCGAUUCUGUUCUUGUUCUGUCGCGCCGCUAAUUCAGUGGAAAUGCUUAUAGUUGGAAGAUUGCUCGUCGGUCUCGCUGGCGGUCUGACGACGAGUAUAGUGCCUAUGUACUUAACGGAGUUGUCACCGCCCAGGCUGUCAGGAGCCAUGGGGGUCGCCUGUCCCAUUGGGGUGAAUGCUGGAGUGCUCGUGGGCCAAGUUAUGGGAUUGGACGUUAUAUUGGGUGGAGCAAACGAUUGGCCUUAUCUCUUAUCCGUCUACGCGUUGCUAGUCAUUAUAUCUUUGCCGAUUCUAUUUAUAUUACCGGAAAGUCCGAAAUACCUCUUUGUUGUGAAGAGAAACGAAGCAGCAGCUGUACGCGAACUGAGUCGUCUCCGUGGAGAAAAUCCAAGUGUCCUCACCGAAGACUUGGAACUGCUAAGAGAGGAAGUGCAAGCCGAGGCCAGCAGUAGUGGAGAGAGAUGGGGCAUGUGGAGGGUACUCCGCGAACCGAAGCUCCGACUGCCCUUACUCCUCACGUGCACCAUGCAAGCCGGACAGCAGACGAGUGGAAUUAAUGCGGUGUUCUACUACUCGCAGACGAUCUUCGAGCAGGCGGGGCUGUCGGCGCGGCAGGCGCAGCUGGCCACGGUCGGCUGCGGCGCCGUCAACGUGUGCACGGCGCUGGCCAUGCCGCCGCUGCUGCCGCGCGCCGGCCGCCGCGCGCCGCUGCUCGCGUCCGCCGCCGCCGCCGCCGCGCUGCUGGCCGCGCUGGCGCUCGCCCUGGCCAACAUCGAUGCAGUGUCGUGGAUGCCGUACGUGUGCAUAGCGGCUGUGUUGUCGUACGUGCUGGUGUAUGGGUUCGGUCUCGGCCCCAUACCUUAUUUCAUCGCUUCGGAGCUGUUCGAGGUCCCGCCGCGCGCGGGCGGCAUGGCGUGGGGCUCGCUGAGCAACUGGGCCGGCAACUUCCUGGUGGGGAUGAGCUUCCCCUCGCUGCGCGACGCGGCGGGCGCCGCCAGCUUCCUCGUGUUUUCCGCGCUCACCGCCGCGCUCUUCUGCUUCCAGAGAUUCUACUUCCCCGAAACGAAAGGCAAGACGCCGACUCAGGUGGCGGAGCUCUGCAGUCGCGGGCUGAAAUCUCGUCCGCUGAGCGGCCGUCCCGGUGGACACAUCUGACGACUCCGUGACGUCCCGGGCCAGUAACGCAUCAUAUAUAUUUUACAACAAUUAAUAACUGGAAUUAAAAUUUGACAAAUCGUUCAAACGUCCAUAUACCUAAAAGCAAUUUGAAAACUUUAAAGAAAUGUCUGACACAAAUUGCACUACUAAACGAUGCAUUUUUUUAAGUAAAGACCGCUCCCUUACAGACUAAAUUAUAUUCAAUUCAGAAUUUAUUAGUGAUAGCAUAUGCGAUAGCAUUGGUCUAUAAUAUCGAUUUAAAUAUGCGUAGAGUCAAAUAUUUUACAAUUUUAACCAUGUCUAUUAAACGCGUCUCUAAACAUUUUUACUAUCACAUCUUAAAAAACACAGACAUUAAAACAAUAAAGCAUUUGAUGGUUUUUGCAAAUCGUAUUAUAUUUAUUGUAUGUUAAUUUGAUUAUAAUGGAUUGUCAUAUUAAUUUUAAUAUUAAACUUGAAGAAUAUAAAAUUUUCAAUUCUGUUACUUAUGAACGUUGUUGAAUGUGUUUAGUUAAACAAUGCUGUCUUCUAUCAAAUGUCAAAUCAAUAAUGACAGAAAGAGAAAAAUCUGUGUUUAACUAAACAGCUGGUAAGGCAGUGAAUCGAUAGUGAAAAGACACAAAGCUGACUUUUAGUUUGAAUCAAAGAUUUAGUUUGAAGAAAAAAAAACUAAAAUUGAACAUUUUAGUUUUUUAAUUGUACAGAUAAAAAAAUGUUAUAUUUUUCAGUUAUUAGAUAAGUGAAGCGAACAGAAUUAAUUCUAUAAAAGAACAAUUAUUGCCAUCGCUGUAUUUAAUAUUUCGUAACGUAAUUUUUGCAAGCUUUAUACUGUACUUAAAAAUGUUUCAUCGUUAAGUUUAAAUAUUAGCCGGACAUCACGAUUCUUUAAUUAUUUUCAUAUAUCGUUGAGUGAUUUGUUUAUAUAAAGUAAUACAUCAUCAUGAUAUAUGUCCCAUAUAUGUCCCACUGCUUUUGAUAAUGCUUGGAACUUAUUGGACUACGGUUCGAAAUGUAGAUAAAGAAAUUUCAUAACAUACUCGGUUUUUACUGGUUUAAGUUUCAUAACUAAUAUUCAUAUUUGCCGCCUCUUACAAGAUUUCGAAUUUCUGAGAUCAACAAGACAAAUUGCUUUAAAUGAAUAAACGAUAUCACAUAUA